UUCCUUCAUUUUCCUUUCAUUUCAUUAUUUUUUCUGAGUUUCCAAACACAGUUAGCAGAGAUUCAUAAUUUCACAUUCGCGCAACAGAAAUAAACGUAAAAAUAAAACGCCCCUCUGCAACACACGGAAUUUCAGUCAAUUUCGCUAUUUACGAUUUGAGUUUGCAGAUCCUGUGCGCAUAACAGCCUCAUGACUUCGUCUGUGCCUGAUCUUUCUGAUAAUAAUGAAGUUAAUGAGCAGCAAAAACAAUCAGAGUCCCAGGAUCAGUCCUCAUCUCCUCCAACAGGACUUUCUCACUUGGCCAUGACAACCACAAACGUCCCAUACGCGACACCUCAACAUGCUGUGGUACCAGCUACUUACCCCUAUCCAGAUCCCUAUUAUAGAAGCAUCUUUGCUCCCUAUGAUGCACAACCCUAUCCUCCACAGCCCUAUGGUGGUCAACCUAUGGUCCAUCUUCAGUUGAUGGGUAUUCAGCAAGCUGGAGUUCCUUUGCCAUCUGAUGCAGUUGAGGAGCCUGUUUUUGUGAAUGCAAAACAAUAUCAUGGCAUCUUGCGGCGUCGACAAUCUCGUGCAAAAGCUGAAUCAGAGAAUAAAGUUCUCAAGUCUCGGAAACCAUACUUGCAUGAAUCCCGUCAUUUGCAUGCAUUGAGAAGGGCUAGAGGAUCUGGGGGCCGGUUUCUCAAUGCAAAGAAAAAUGGAAACAAACAGAAUGAUGCAGCAUCAGGUGAUAAAUCACAGUCCGAUAUCAAUCUGAACUCUGAUAAAAAUGAGGUAGCUUCUGCAGAGGGCACAUCUUGAGAUUUUGGAAGCAGUUGCUGAUAUAUACAAUGGGCUUAUUGCCACAAAGCCAGAGAACAUAGGUUCGACACCAACCAUUCUAGUACUGUACUUACAAGUCAGUAGUGUGUAUAGAUUUUCAAGUAAUAGGCAGGACCAUAGGGAGGUUGCUUAAAUGAAGCAAGGUAGAGUGUUGUUCAAGUGCAUUGAUAGUUCUCCUGCACAUUUUUUCCUGAGUGACUGAUAGGAAGUUUGCUCUGUGGAUUUAAAUGCUGUGAUAGGUUGGAGUCUUUCAAACGAAAAACUGGAGUCAGGUUGAUUUGUUUUCCAAUAGUUUAGCGAGGGUUAGAUCUUGUUGCAGUGUAGUAUUAGCCCCAUUUCCAUUAGCUAUUCUUAUCAACUUGGAUAAUAAUUUGAGAUGGUUUAAAUCGAUUUGUAACGUGUUGUAUGUUUAUGUCUUGGCAUGGUUGGCAUGGCUUAGAGUAAAUAGAAGUUGUUGUCCAUGCCACCAAGAAUGAGACAUAUGUAUGUGUAUGUAUAAUGGUUUCUCAAGAGUGAAACUUAAUAGAGGUGGGGCAGCUUGAGGAGGUUUGAUGAGCAAGUGAUGUAUGUUUCUUUGUAAGUUGGGCAAUGGCCGGCCGCUGCAGCCCUAAAGAAUCAACCCUGGUCCAAAUUGUUAUUGUGAGGAAGAGGGUAGGUUGAAGUGGCUGGCAUGAAGUGAGAAGGCAUAGCUGAUGGGAUUCUAGUGGCAUAGAGUUGGAGCUCCCUUGUACCUCUUUACUGAUUAAGUUUGCUAUAGUUUAGUUAAAAACUGGAAACCUUGUCAAUGUAUGUUGUAUAAGUUGAUUGGUCUGAAUCUGAAGUGAGGGAAGGUCUCGUGUUUCUGAUUA